GGCGGCCUGGCAGUUGCGACCGUUCGCAAAAUCAACUACCGCACGAGACCCCACACGCCGUGGUGCGGUCGUUCCGUCGCCCAUGUCAUCCGACGCGACCCGACCAGAGCCCCUGAAAGUGACGUUCCUUCCACGGGGGGGCUGCAUUGUCUCGACGUCGAUUGGCCCUGUCCAAUACGGCAUUCCGCCCGAAACAAUCAAGGAUUCGAUGGCGAUGGGGCUCCCUGUCCCCAUGUAUUUUGUCGUUCCGUCCGAGCCAUUUACCAAAACACUGGGCAGCAAUAUGGGCGUGAACGUGGCCGAGUUCGAGUUCCCCGCGUACUGCAACUUUUUUUUCAAGCGGCAGAGCGUCAACUUGAUCGUGGCGUCGCAAGAAGUCGAGGACCGCAUCCGCCGAGUGUUUCAAGAAACGCUGUUUGGUCCCCAACAAAUCGACAUCCAGCACGACUUUCCAGCGACCGCGCCGACGUCGACAUACCCCGACCUCCCCGCCGAACUCGGUUACUUUCGCAAGUUUGGCAACACCCUCAUCACACUUGACAUGCUGCUCAAGUUUACGCACUUCAAUGCUCAAAACGUCGCGACCCUCACGGCGGGAGACCACAAAGUCACGAUCCAAAAACUCAACGGCGAAUUCGUCGUCACUGACCACACGACCAACGGCACCGCGUGCAUCGAGGACUUUGUCCGACUGCCCGCGGCCCCUCCAGCCCAAAUCCACGACGAAGCAUUCUACCCACCGGUGUAUGGCGUCACGGUGCUGGGAAACUCGCACGGGUUUGAUCCGACCGGGCGCACGUCGGGCUACGUUCUAUGGAUCAAUCGAAGAGGCAUCAUGAUUGACCCACCUCCGUUUUCGAGCUCGAUCCUCAUCGCGAACAACAUCCCACCGCACAUGAUCGAUGGCGUCAUUGUCACGCACUGCCACGCCGACCACGACGCAGGAACGUUUCAAAAGAUCUUGCAAGAAGGGCGGGUGUCGCUCAUCACGACCAGCACCAUUUAUCACUCGUUCCUGCGCAAAUAUGCUGCGCUGUCAGGGUUCGACGAAUCGUUCCUCAAGCGCGUGCUCACGUUUCGACGGGUCCGCAUCAACGACCCAACCAACAUCCGCGGCGCGACUUUUCGCUUUUUUUACUCGUUGCAUUCGAUCCCGUGCGUCGGGUUCGAAGUCACGUACGGUUCCAAGCGCAUUGUGUUCUCGGGGGACCAUCUCAAUGAUGUCGAGCGGAUUCGAGCAUUGCGAGACGAAGGGGUGCUGUCGGACAGUCGUUGCAAUGAACUGUUGGCAUUUCCUUGGGACUGCGACGUGAUUUUGCACGAAGCCGGGGUUCCACCGAUCCAUACACCGAUGAAAACCUUGAUGGCGCUAGACAAAGACAUUCGAUCACGCAUGUAUGUCGUCCACACGGCUGCCAAAGAUAUCCCGGUCGACUCGGGCCUCCGCCCCGCGCCAGAAGGCGUGCAGAAUACGAUCAUCGUCCCGACCGACUUGCCAGAGAGCGCGUCGACGAUGGAAGUGCUGGACCUCAUUCGAAAGAUCGACAUCUUUGGCGAUUUGACCCUCAACGACGCCUAUGAAGUCAUUCAGAUGGCCCAACGGGUGACAUUUUCGAAAGGGGAUACCGUCGAAAGGUCCGGCGAGGCCGCCGACAAGUUUUACAUUGUCAUUGCGGGCGAAGCGCAGUGCAUCUUUUCCCACGACCACGCCGCGUCCUCGUCCGCGUUGCCGUCCGGGUCGACUCGGAAACGACUGACCAAUGUCCCGCGGUCGAAAAAGUAUGUUGCCGGCAACUACUUUGACCUGCAGUACCUCCUGUCGCCCCACUCCAAGGCAGGGUGCACUGUCAUUGCGAGCUCGACGCUGUCGCUGCUCCAGUUCAACGCUGCCGACUUCAACUGGUUCCUCCGCGGCACGGCCGUGUUUGAACGGAUGCAAAAGCUGAUCGACACCCGGCACAACUUUGCCUGGGACACCAUCGGCGACAACUCGUUCUUCCAAAAGCUCACCGAAAUGCAGCGCACACAACUCGAGCUCAUCAUAUCCAAGUGGGAAGUGCGCCAACACUACGCCGUGUGGCACCGCGACGAGGCGUGCGACAUUGCCGUGUGGAUUGCCAGCGGCGAAUUUGUCCUCAAGACUUGGACAACGCAUCCCGCGCUCCCCGUCGACGGCACGUGUAAUGACGACCCCACCACCGACGUAGGUCGCGCACCACCUCCGCGAAAGCGAAAAGGCUCGAUCAAUCGGGUGCUGCCCAUCGACGCGCUGAGCAAAGAGUCUCCCGAGUGCAUUCACACAGUGUUGCAGAAGGGCGCGUUCGUCGGCAACGUUGAUGCGCUAUUUCACAAAGACGACUGCAAUUUUGGAUCGGAGCUCGUGGCCAAGACGGACGGCGUCCUGUUUAUGGUCAAGAAGCCCGAGUUCCGAUUCUUCCUGUUUGAGAACCCCGGUAUCCUGAUGGCGCUCAACAACAAGACGUUUGUCGUAUAGCUCUCGAUAAGCGCCAACUACUUCCGUCAUCUCGAA